UUUUCGCGCCAUUAUUUUUUGGUGUUUGGUUGAAAAUGUCGGGAUCAGGAAAUGUAGUUGUGAAUUCUUCAUCACUUGAUAGCGCUGUAGAAACAACUCGUAUCCACUUGAUGCCUUGUACUAUUCAUCACAAUGGGGAUGCUGAUGUAGCGAGUUAUUUUGAUCCGAUUGUCGAUGGAGUGGCUGUGAAGACAGAGAGUGGGUCCAAUACCAACGACAAAGAUUUGUCAGGCUCCUUUCGUGGCCGGAUCCUUAAAGGUACCACAGUGAGUUUACCAGUGGGUUAUAAUGGAUAUGUAUUGAAAGAAGACAGGAAACCAUACACUGAUGAAGAGGAUCGUACCCUUCGAGCUACGCACAAGUUUUCACAAUUCAACUACUGGAAUUUAGAAACGCCACCGUCUGAAAAUGACGCGAUGACCAAGGCAAUGCAGUGGAUUGAUAUUGCAUCUGCGCUUCAUGGUAAUGAAGACGAUAUUCAGAAUGCAACUCCAGACACUAUAAGAUAAUGUAUAUUCAACAAAGACCUUUAGAAGUUUUUUUAGUGACAGUUUGUAACAGUUUUAGAGCUGUUGAAAUAGAGAGAAAUUCUGUAUCCGUAUGUUAUGUACAUCAAACAAUAGAGUGCUCACACUAAAUCCGUGAAACAAAUACUAAUUUUUAGCACUAAAUAGUGAUAAUUAAACAAUAGGAAACAAAGGAUUCUGUAUGAAAUAGUACUAAUUAGUACUAUUUAAUGUUCACGGUUUUAGUGCGUGCACUCUACGAAAUCAUCUUAUGGAAAAAAUAACUGUCAACUCAAGAGGAAUUUUCUUGAAGGCUACAGACUUUAUGCUCACCUAUUCUGGAAUUGGUUGGAUUCUAUUUAUUUCCUUUUCAUUGAUUAGAGAGGUAACAUGGUAACAUUAAACAAGGUAACAUUAAAUCUUCAGGUUGCUAAGCAACAGCUAUUAGAUGUCUUAUACUUAAUUAACCGAAAUAAACUGUGCACGUCUAAUAUAA